AUGCCUGUUCUUCCAUCGGCACCCCUUCCAGCCGAUGUGGUUGUACCAUUGCUUGAACUCGGUGAUGCUAAUGAUUACACGGCAAAAGCUGAUGUCGAAAUUGCCCGUCCUCGAGUACAAACCCCAGUCAAUCACAAUUUGGAAAAUUGGGUAUCAAUUGUGCAUCAAUAUGCAAGAGAUGGAAAUCUGGAUGGAUUACGAAAAAUGUUGCAAGAACAUGAAGUCCUUUUGAAUUUAAAGGAUACCGAUGGAUUAACCGCUCUCCACUACGCAGCUCGUUAUCGAAAUUAUGACGUAGUGAAAAUGCUACUUGACUGGAAUCUUGAUGAAAAGAUUGAAAAGGUUGAAAUCAAGCCAAACAUUGAGAAAACUUCAUCGUCAAGCAGUGGACCCUCAACCCCAUUCUCAACCCGAGGACCUCGUGUGGAUGUGAAUGCUGAAUCAAGCGAAAAAUUCACUCCAAUACAUUUUGCUGCCCGAUAUUACAGAAAAGAUCCGUUAACGGAUAAUUAUACUCCAACGGGUGAAGAUGAGUGCAGUCUUGUUGGCGUUGUUACAACUGAUCCCACUUAUAAGAUCAUAAAAUUAUUGCAUGAGAGAGGAGGGAAAAUCAAUGCAAUGGACAAAUAUUAUUUGACUCCAUUGCAUUAUGCUGCUAUGAGAGGAUCGGCUUGUGCAACGCAAGCAUUGCUUGAAUGUCGAUGUGCUAUUGAUCCAGUCGAUAUGAUGAACAUGUCUCCAUUGAUGACAGCUUGCGUACACGGAUCGAGCUCUGUUGUUCAAAUUCUAAUCAAUUAUGGGGCACGAGUUGAUUUGAGAGACAAAAGAGAUAACACAGUCCUGCAUCUUGCCGCACAAUAUGGACAUCGACAAGUACUCGAUAUUCUCCUCAAAGCUGUGCAGCAGUAUGCUCACGAAGAUAAAGAGGAGGUUUCUUGUAAAAAGUUAUUAACCGAUCUUGUGUCACCAAAAUAUCCAGCACACGUUGAAACAUUUCGAUUUAUUGAUCAAACACCAUUAAUGUUAACUGUGGCUGCUGUUGCACAGUUAUCCACAGCUGCCACAAUUACCACAAAACAUUUUGGAGGAGAAACGACAAGAAGCAUGCUUCGAAAACCGAAUAUUGAAGGCAAUACCCCACUGCAAUUAGCUGUGGAAAGAAAUCAUAUUGAAGUUGUCGAAAAAAUGCUUGAGUUGAUCACAAAAGAAACCGGAGGUGUAAUCACCGGAAUGACAAGAGAUGAGAGCUUGUUCCCACAUAUUGCUGCCUCAAAAGGAUAUCUCCAAAUACUUCAGGCGCUGAAAAUGAAAGGAUUCUCUCUUGAGUUUGAAAACGAUCUUCUGGAGAUUCCAUUACAUUUGGCGGCAGAGAAUAAUCAUACAGAUGUUGUUCGAUUUCUUCUUUCAGAAGCUCUCGGAAAACCAAGAAGGACAACAGCUGAUGAUCAUCCUGACCUCGAAGUUUAUGCAGAUGACAUUCGAGUGAGAACUAUUGAGAAAUGUGACAAGAAAGGCAUGACUCCAUUGUUGAGAACAGCUCCAAGUCAAGCACACAGUGCGGCAGAGGUAUUACUCGAGUACAAUGCAAACAGUUUUGCUUGUGACAGUGAAGGAAGGUCAGCUGUAUUUCUUGCAGCAAAAUACAAUAAAACAUCAUUUCUUGAGUGGUUUCUUGCCUGGGUGAAGCGAACUGAUGAAGAUACUCGACAAGAAAGAGAACGAGAACGAGAAUCAUCGGAAAGAAGACCGGGAAGGGGAAGGAUGUUUAUGAGGAGAACGCUUCGAACAUUUGCUGUCCAAAAACCAAUGGUUGAGCAGUUAGUGAAUCGUACGAAUCUUGAUCAAGACACACCGUUGCAUGCAGCAGCUGUUAAUGGUUAUCUUGAAGCGUGUAUUGUAUUGAAAAAGUAUAACGCAAAUGUGGACGCUUUGAAUGAAGACAAGCAAACAGCUCUGCAUCUUGCAUCGAUCACUGGACAUGUACCUGUUGUGAAUAUCUUACUGAAUUGGUCAGCCUCUCUGGCCAAAGCGAAAGAUGAUGAUGGAAACUCGCCGCUACAUGAAGCUGCAAAAAACGGGAAGCUAAGA